AUGGCGGGCUCUUGGUCCACCGAUUGUUGCUCUACUACUAGCUGUGCAUGUGGCGACAAGGGCAGAUGGAGUGACUCCUCUCUAUUGGGCAAGCGGCUGUCCGAAGACUCUGGUCGCCACCAGCUGCUGCAGAAGUGGACGAGCAUGUGUAGCUCCAUGACCGGGGACGCGUCGGUGGCCGGCGAGGAGAAGGCGCGGCUCAGGGCGGCGGUGGAAGCGGCGGCGGCGGAGGAAAGGCCCAUGGUGUUCCUGUGCUCGGGCUGCCGGCGGCCGCUGGGCGACUCGCUGAGCUGUGUGAACAGCGAGGACACCGACUGCAUUUUGCUGCGCUGUGUUUCCUGUAAUGUUUCUGUUGAUAAGAAACAGAAGCUAUCCAAAUGUACAAAGGAAAAUGGUUGCCUUCUUGAGACUUUGUACUGCACGGGGUGCUCACUCAAUCUUGGCCGCGUAUACAGAUCCACUCCCAGGAAUCUUGACUACAAGAGGGACUUGUUUUGCCUCAGUGUUAAAGCCAUUGAAGUUUAUAUUUUAGGGUCCUCUGAAAAGCAAAUUGUGUCAGAAGAUGAAGAGCUUUUUAAUCUUGAAAGCAGAGUUGAAAUAGAAAAGUCUCUGAAACAGAUGGAAGAUGUCUUGAAAGCAUUACAAACGCAGCUAUGGGAGACUGAAUCAAAAUUGUCCUUUACCAGUUGCAAAAGCUGAACUCUUUUCUGUGUCCCCAAUCUGUCCCUCAU